GGCAGGAGAGGAAACCGCUGGCUGUGACAGUGACAGUUGUUUCCCUCUUCGCCCCCCUCACCCCCAUCCUCCUCCUCCUCCUCAUCACCAUCACCCGCCUCAGCAGCAGCAGCUUCAUCAGCUGCAGAAGCAGAGGCAAAGCCCGUCGACGGCGGCGUGAGGGAUUAAAUAAUCUAGGUCCAUCUUCACUUCAGGUGGGAGGAAGAUGGAGAGAUGGCAGUUGCAGACGAGCAAAUAUAAAGAUAUCCGACAAAACCUGCUUUUAUGACACAAAGCUGCACUCAUGCACCAAUAGGAACUAAAGAAUAACAAGGCGACCCCCUCUCAAAUCUUGAAAUCAUGGAUGGAUCUUCAUCUUCGUUUCAGUAUGGAUCAAAAAAGAGGGUCAAGAUCCACCCAAACACGGUGACAGUGAAAUAUGCCACUCACUUCCCCCAGCCUGGCGAUGAAGGCUACGAUGACGCGCCCUCCUUUGAGGACUUUGGCACCUUUGCAGAGGCAAAUGUUGGGAAAAGACUGGUGUCUGACUCGAAAGGGGGUAGGACUUUCUUUGGAACCAUGGAGACCCCGCCUAAGCAGCCAAGUGUGCAAAGAGACAGGGGGGUCGAAGGCCAGCUGGCCAGCUUUGGCGAGGCCAAUGUGUUGGCCUCCAGAGUGACCUGGAUGGCCUUGUUYGGUGCAGCCGUGGCUCACGGCUGUGUGUCGCUGAUUACCCGUUUAGCAGCGGACCGCUCAAAGGUUCCCUCCCUGGAGCUACUUUUCAUCCGCUCCGUGAUCCAAGUCUUGUCCAUCCUGGUGGUCUUCUACUACCACGAGGCCCCCUUUGGCCCCAAAGGCUACCGAUUACRUCUCUUCUUCUACGGUGUCUGCAACGUGAUCUCGAUCACUUGCGCCUACACGUCCUUUGCCAUAGUACCCCCCAGCAACGGCACCAUCAUGUGGCGUGCCUCCACCACGGUCUUCAGCGCGAUACUGGCGUUCCUGCUGCUGGACGAGAGGCUGAGCUACACAGAUGUGGUCACGGUUGUGGGCAGCGUGUUCGGUCUGUGCCUCGUUAUGGUGCCAAAUGUAGCGGACGAGGAGAAGUCCAGCCUGGGGUUCUGGAAGGAGGCUUUUGGCUACACAAUGACAGUAAUGGCAGGCUUGACUGCGGCCCUUUCCAUGAUCGUCUACAGAGCCAUCAAGGAGCGCGUCAGCAUGUGGACGGCACUCUUUACCUUUGGGUGGACGGGCACAGUGUGGGGUGCUUCCACCAUGUUUAUCAUGCAGGAGCCUAUCAUCCCUUUGGAUGGAGAAACCUGGGGCUAUUUAAUCGGGAUCUGUAUCUGCUCCACCGUGGCAUUCCUCGGAGUCUAUUAUGCUCUGAAUAAGUUUCACGCAGCCUUAGUUAGCACCGUGCAGCACCUAGAGAUCGUUGUCUCCAUGUUUCUGCAGCUCAUCGUCCUGAGGAUGAUCCCGUCAGUGUACGACGUGAUCGGCGGCCUGGUCAUCAUGGUCAGCGUGUUCACGCUAACCGGAGUCAAGCUGUACAGGGUGAGCAGGGCAAUCCGGCAGGAUUAUCAAGAGAUCCUGGACUCACCUAUCAAAUGAAUCGAAAACACAUCAGUCCAUCUGUUUACAAUGUUGCUUGGUUGUGCAAUUUAAAGAAUGUCUGGAUCUCCAAUGAUUUUUUGUGGUGCUGUGCUGUCAAAAAGUGUGCCAGUUGUGUAACUUAUGUCUUAAUAUUUAUGUGUGAAAUAAAAAAGACAAUUGUAAUAUUGUGACAACUUCCCUCUAACAGCGCUGCUUUAAUGUCAAACUGUGUCACAACUCACAAGCUAAAAAAAAAGGAUAAAAGCAAGACAUCUGCAAGUAUUUUCCUCUGUUCACACUGCCAGUCUGUAAAUAUCAGUCCAGAAAGCAUUCAUACUGUGAGUGAGAAGAAAAAAACAACAACUAAAAAUAAACACGGUAUUGAGUAAAUUAACUGCCAUCAAUUUUCUUAGCUUUAUGUGUUGAUACGAAACACAAAUUCUUGCAAGAAUUUCCCAGAGGGUCCAAGAAGAAAACGAAAUAUGUGUACCAUUGUAUGUUAAGUUAAAGUAAAUAAAGUAUUCUGAAAUAGAUCCAAAUGUUUGAUUAACUUCAUGGGUGAAAAGUGAAAUGUUUUGUGCUCAAACUGCAGCUCUGAACUCGGAAGCUGCUUAAUCUUUAACMGCGGUGAUUAACCUCUCUGGAUGUGGCUUCUGUUUACUUUCAGAUGCAUGUCAAACUAAUAGCCAGAGGCGGGUGCACUGUACUGAAUUAAAGUCUCCCUUUAACAACCCACAUCCAUCUACUUUAUUUCUGUAUCGGACCAGUCGGCGAUGUCUCUUUUCUUUUGGAAAACCAACAGUCUCUGAGAUUUUUUUUUUUUUUUUGCCCAAAGGCGAAACAACAGCAAUGGAAUGAAAUAGAGACACAAUCAUGAUGGAAAUAGAAGUGGGGGAAAAAGGAUGAAAGAGGCCUUUUCAAAGCUGGCGCUCCACAGCAAGCGUGCUUCACCAACAGCCCUGCAGGUGGCACAGUUUACUUUAUUUCUCUGACACCCUGCAGUAAUAUGAAGCUAAUUAGUGGUGUACUUGUAAAAAUAAAAGAAUCUCAGCUAAUGUUUCUUUUCUCAUUGGGAACAGUUUGACAGGUAACAUAUUAUAGUUCCUUUUUUAUUUAUUCUUCAGAAGCUGUGUAAUUAUGGGGAAUAUUCAUUACUGAUGUGUGAUAUGUACACGCUGUAUCAGCUGACUGUUAAACACACUUGCACAUAAAAAACAAACCCAAAGCAGAUGUGUUGCUCAAAUAAAAACUGUCCUGUGAAAWGAUAAUCCACUGAUGUCACGGAAAAUUAAUAAAAAAAAAUGGUGCACAAUC